AUGUGGAGUAAUUGGAGCAACGCCGAAACCAGGACGAAGCCGGAUGACCACACGAGUAGGAGCAUCCUUCGAAUGAGUCGUGCUAAUCCUAAGCUCACUGCCUCCGAUAUUCAAAGUGAAUUGGCCAUCGCAAAUCAACAGAUCCCAUCAGUUAGAACUGUUCGAAGACGCCUACAAGAUGCCGGACUCAAGGCGUCCUGCAAAAAAAAACCACUCAUUUCAAAAAAGAAUUGCGUUGCUCGUGUCAAAUGGGCUAAGGAACAUAUUGGUUGGACUCGCCAGCAGUGGAAUAAAGUUCCAUUUUCUGAUGAAUCCAAGUUCAAUUUGAUGGGAAGUGAUGGUAUUAAGUAUGUCAGACGUCCAGCCGGAAAAAGAUUCCAUCCCAUGUAUCAACUGCCCAUUGUAAAGCAUGGUGGAGGAAACAUUAUGUUUUGGGGUUGCUUCAGUAGUCAUGGAGUCGGACCUCUUCGCCAAAUUCAUGGAAGUUUGGACAGAUACGGUUAUGAGGAGAUCUUAGAAACAACAAUGCGUCCAUUUGCUCUUCAAAUCAUUGGCAGAGGAUUCAUCUUUCAGCAAGAUAAUGACCCGAAGCACACAUCCUCGCAUAUUCGUGACUGGUUCAACCGGCGUCAUGUGGAAGUUUUUGACUGGCCAAGUCAGUCUCCGGAUCUGAAUCCGAUUCAACAUUUAUGGGAAGAGCUGGAACGUCGCAUGAAAGGGAAAAAAGCAAGAAAUUCUGCCGAAAAAUUUGCCCAAUUUGAAGAAGUCUGGAAUGCUAUCCCACAGUCUUGUGUUGACAAUUUGUUGGACUCGAUGCCACGAAGAUGCCACGCUGUUAUUGAUGCUAAAGGUUUUGCAACGAAGACUAGGACUGCUAUUUUGUUAUUUUUAAGAUAUUGUGGUUAUUAA